ACGUGAACGGAGCUUGUGUCGGCCCUAACCUGGCCCGUUGACACCCUACUUAUUUCCUGUCGCUAGAAGCCAGGAAGAUUGCAGUUUUCUCGUAGAAAUCUCUCAAAACACAAUCCAUCCGCUGCAAGCUUUGAUUUUGUCUUGUAAUACCUGUCAGUGUGGAUGGAGGAGAACAAGGACUAUCGGUGGGAACAUCCGUCUUCAGCCUCAAAUGGUGAUGAAAAUGGAGAGGCAGCAAGUCCUGUGAAGGAGAAUUGUCAGGACCAGAGAGAAGCCCUCCCCAGUGAGCCCCGCUGUGUCAUCUGCGGCCGCUAUGGUGAGUAUAUCUGCGAUGAGACGGAUGACGAUAUUUGCAGCAGUGAGUGUAAACAAAUUCUCCUUAACAGGCUCGCCAACUCAUGGAAACCAGUACAUCUCACCCCAUCCGUAAAAUUACCCAUCAGUGAUGAAUGCUUUUAUGUUAGGGACGAUGAUACUUUGCAGCAGAAUUGCUUAACCAUACACCAGAUUGAAUCCCUGAGGAAAAAGAUUGACAUCCGAGUCAAGGGAGAGUCUGUCCCACCUCCUAUCUUGUCAUUCUCAUCUUGCAAUCUUCCCCAGAAGCUCCAGGAAAAUCUAGAAACUUCUGGAUACGAAAUACCCACACCGGUCCAAAUGCAAGCCAUCCCAGUUGCUUUGAAUGGCAAGAACAUGCUUGUUUCUGCCGAAACCGGGUCAGGCAAAACAGCUUCCUUUCUAAUUCCUAUAGUUUCUCGCUGUACCAGCAUAAGAUUACAGCAUCCAUCUGAUCGCAAAAGGCCUUUGGCGAUGGUUCUAGCACCGACUAGAGAGCUUUGUGUGCAGGUUGAGCAACAGGCCAAGAUGCUGGGGAAGGGUCUGCCUUUUAAAACCGCACUUGUCGUGGGCGGUGAUGCAAUGGCGUGCCAGGUGUACCGUAUCCAACAGGGGGUGGAAUUGAUUGUUGGGACCCCUGGAAGGCUCAUUGAUCUCCUAACCAAAAAUGAUUUUGAAUUGGAAGAGGUUUCGACUCUAGUUUUGGAUGAGGUGGACUGCAUGCUUCAAAAAGGCUUCCACGAUCAGGUGAUGCAGAUCUUCCUGGCCCUCUCUCAGCCUCAGAUAUUGAUGUUCUCUGCAACGAUUCCUCAAGAGGUGGAGAAGAUGGCGAAUUCAAUGGCUAAAGAUGUGGUUUUCAUCUCCAUUGGGAAGCCGAGUAGGGCAAAUGAGUCAGUGAAGCAGGUGGUGAUAUGGGUGGAAUCUAAGCAGAAGAAGCAGAAGCUCUUUGAGAUACUGACGAGCAAGCAGCAUUUCAAGCCACCCGUUGUCGUAUUCGUGGGGUCUAGGCUCGGGGCUGAUCUUUUGUCUGAGGCGAUCACGACCAUGACCGGAUUGAAGGCCCAAUCGAUCCACGGGGAGAAGGCAAUGAAGGAGAGGAGGGAGAGCUUGCAGCUAUUUUUGACAGGGGAGGUUCCAGUGAUGGUGGCAACAGGCGUUUUGGGGCGUGGCGUGGAUCUCUUGAGAGUAAGGCAGGUCAUCAUCUUUGACAUGCCGAAUUCGAUGAAGGAGUAUGUUCAUCAGAUAGGGAGGGCUUCGAGAUUGGGAGAGGAAGGGACGGCGAUCGUGUUCGUGAAUGAGGAGGACAAGAAUCUGUUUAGAGAGCUGGUUGAGAAUCUGAGGUCAGCGGGGGCUGCUGUCCCACGUGAGCUUGUGAAUUCGAGGUACUUGACGGGUUAUUACUCUGUUGGAAGGGGACAGAAGAAAAGGAAGCAUGGGUCUUGAGGUUUCAGAAAGCCGGCUUUCUUCUGCUUGGGUUAUUGAUUUCUACCCAUACAGAAUCAGUUACUGCUGUUGAUUCAGUGAACUCAACUGAACGAAAAUGUAUGAUGGAUUUGGGCCCAGCAUUGUUGCUGACAGGUGGAUUGGACUUCUCUGUCUUGAUUGGACUUGGAUUAUCCAUGGUAUUUGCAGCGCUUUUCUGGCCAUUGAGUUGGGAUCGAACCUGCCAGAGGCUUCUGCAUUUUUAUGCACAAAAGAGAUGCAGUUUAGUGCAGCAAUGGGUCCCAUAUCAUUGUGAAGAGAGGAACUAUGGGGUCCUGAUGCAAUGGAACAUGAAUGGUCCCUAGGGCCCAUAAUUAAGGUAUCCUGAUCAUUGAUUUGAAGGAACCACAAUGGAUGGCGAUGCCAAAAAAGACUAUGAUUAGAUGAUUGAACCCUUCGAUUAGUGACCUACAAACAAUCAGUCAGGGAAGAACACAACACUGGUCUGAAAUAACAGUCCUAGAUGCUGGAUAUAAUAAUCUGUUCUGGGUAAGUUUUGCAUCAUUGCAGCAUAUUCUUUAUACUCUAAGGUCCAUCAUAUCAACGGUCUGGAUCACUGAACCAUGGUCCCCUCUUUUGCAAAAUGAAUGCAUCUGAACAGCAUGAUUGCCUGAUGCAUCAGGACCUCAUACUUACUCUUUGAGGGGAGCAUUUACAUCAGGGCUGGUUUGGUGAAAUGUACCAUGGACAGGCGACAGUUCGGUUGAUCCUGACUAGCAUGUUGCUGUUUUAAGUAUGGUUGGACUAAUAAUGUGUAUUCACCUUUGACUAAAUUUUUAUUCCAUAUAUAUGGUUUUGAAUUUUUAUGAUUUC